AUGAUCAGUCUCAAAGAGGUCGAUAGCAUUCGGAAAGAGCUCAAGGAUCGAACGAAUGAGGUGGAAACGCUGAAGAAAAGAGUGCAGAAAGCGGACAAAGAUAGGAUACAAUGGGAAACCCAGAAGAAACAACUCGAAAGCCGACUGCCCGCCGACGUGCAAUCGCUGAUGGCCGAAAAGCGCGACCUUGCCCAACAGCUCGACAGACAGGAAAACGAGCAACAAGAGCUUUUCAUGCAGCUCAACUCGUUGAUCGGGCAAUUGGCUGAGAGUCAGAGUGAGAAUGAGCGUUUAUCUGGGGAAAGGGAUCAAUUCAAGAGGCAAGCCUCCGAUGCUGAGGCUAGUAGCAGCAAGGAAAAUCAGCGAAAAAUUGAAGAUUUGCAGCGGCGAUUACAACAAGAUUUGGAGUUGCAAAAGAACACAUUUGAGAUUGAGAAGAAAUCGCUUGUCAACGAGAAACGAGAGCUCGAGAAAGAGAUCGAGUUGAAAUCGGCUGCACUGCAAUCAUUGAUGUUGGCAAAGGAACCCGCUAAGGUUGACACAAGUCAAAUCCAGAAAUUAGCUGAAGAGAAAGGACGACUAGAGCAAGAGGUACAAGAUUUGCAAUGGAGAUUGGACAAACAGACGAAAGAAGCCGAGACUGAGGUUUUAUCUCUCAAGAAGCAGUUGGCUGAUUUCACGGCUAAAUUGGAGGUGACAAAUCGAGAACGUUUGGAGAUUGAGGAGAAGUUGAAAAGAGAAGAGAGGGAAGCGCUCGAGUCGAGAACAAGAAUCACAAGGGAUUUCGAGGACUCGAAACGGGAGAACGGCGAAUUGCUAGCAAAGUUAGCGCAACUAAACUCACUGCUGGACCAUGCGAAGACUGACAUGAGAGAGGCUGAAACAAAGCUCCGUAGAGAGGCCACCGAUAGCGAGGUCGAAUCGAAGAAGAAAUCUGAUGAGUGGAGAGAUCGGGUGAAGAGUGUCGAGGAUAAGAAUGGAGAACUCGUCGCGAAACUCGCCCUUCUCACCACACAGCUUGAUCAGACGCGCGCCGAGUCUAGAGAGUUAGAGUCUAAACUUCGACGCGAGGCCACUGAGUCGGACAUGGACGCACAGCGGAAAGUCGACGAGUGGAGGGAUCGAUUGCAGACAGCCGAGGAUCGAGUAGCAGCUCUUGAGAUUGAGGCCUCGGCAGCGAAAAAAGAGGCUGAGAAUGUCUUGGAGAUUGCUAACAAAACGGAAAGAGCUGAAGAGGCCAGGGCAACUGAUUUACAAAUUGAUUUGACAGAGAAAAGUGAGAAACUUGAGAAACACGAGAAGACCAUUCGGGAACUCCAACACGAGCUCGAAUCAUUGCGUUCAAAGGAGGCGACUCUUCACUCAGAAGUUCAACGCUUGCAUGAGAAACUCGAGAUAAUGCAGAAGCACUCAAACGAACGAGAUCAAGAAGUUGAGAGCUACCGCACUCGGGUGAACUCUUUGGAAUCCCAAUUGGAGAUCGCUGAAGCCGAGGGGCAAACGGCGAGAGCUUUAGCGGAGACAGAGGCAAGGAGAGCGCUUUCAUUGCAAAAGCAAUUGGAGACACAAAGUGGAUCACAGACUGAACAGGUGACUUUACUUCGCGAGCAGCUUGUAGCUGGUGAGACUCGAGAAAAGGAAAUCGAAGUGAAACAUCAAGAGCAACAUCUACAAUUGCAGGAACAAAUCCGCGAGCUUAAGUCUAAAGUGGAGACGCAGUGUGAUCAUUUGAAAGGACUUGAGGGGAAAUUGAGUGAAGCACAAGCAGAAGUGCAACGAAGAAAUGAAAGAGUCGAAGAGAUACAGAAAAUGGUUGACGGGAAACAGCAUGAGAUAACGGAUCUCCAGGGACGUUUGGAUGAGUUACGGCGAAAGGCUGGUGAUGAUGCGGGCAAGAUUCGAGCGCUGGAACGAGAGAAAGCUGAACUCGAAGCUGAGAAGAAGAAACUCGAGGCAAAAGCAUCGGUGGCGGAUGAGUUGAAAACGCUGAUGACAUCACUGCAAUCGGCCAGGCACGAGAACAGCGAGCUUCAAUCCGAGAUCACCACCUUGCACCAAGAGCUCCGAUCAGCGAGAGAUGAAAUCGAUCGGCUGGAGUCCGAGUGCCUCGAUUGGAAGAACCGAGCCGAAGUGGCUGAGGGAGAGCGAGAAAAUGAAAGGGAGAGGCUUGAACUGCUCACCACAGCACAAACAAGUGAACAGGACAAGUUGACCGAGUUGCUUGCGGAGAAGAAGCGAUUGGAAGACGAGAUGAGGGAUGAGAGGAAACGGCUAAACGAUGAAAGUGUCGCGAAAUUGGUUGAAGCUACGGAGAAGUGCCGAAAAGAGACUGAAGAGAAGGUGCUGAUUGAGAAGCGGAGACUCGAGGAUGAAGCGACAGCUAGGCUAAAAGAAGCUGAAGAAAAAGCACUGGCUGAGAAGAGGAAACUGGAGAAUGAUGCAGCUGUUAGGCUCUCAACCCUUCAAGAGAAGUAUGACGCGUUGGAGCAAGAGGCGGAGACGAGUCGGGGACAGAUUAAACAAUUUGAGGAAGAAAAGGAAAAAUCCUCACAAAAUCUGGACGACGAGAAACAUCGAUUGGAGGAGGACAAUCGGGAAUUGCAAGAAAGUGUGCGCAGAUUGGUGACACAAAGGGAGGAAAGAGAUCGACGAAUCGAUGAAUUGGAGACAAGAUUGGACAUGACGGAAAAAGAGCACAGCGAAAUCAAGUCAACUCUGACCACCUCGGAGGACUCACUGAUGGCACUUCGAUCAGCUGCUGAUGCGAGUCGACAACAAAUGAAAGAAGCCGAGGAUUUCGGGAUACAGAUCAAGAAACAACUCGAGGAGCUUGACGCAGAGCACCGGCGGAACGUCGACGAAGUGGAGAGGCGACACCAAGAGAAGGAAAAAGCGCUUACUGAAAGGAUCGAAUCCCUCACCGCGCAAACCACUGAAUUGCUCGCAUUGGAGGCUCAGAUUUCCACUCUCAAAAACGAUGUCGAUAGCUCUAAACGGAGUCUCGCAGAAGAGAAAGACAAAACUAAUCGCCUUGAAGCCGAAAUUGAUGCAAAGGAGACGAAACUCGAGGAAUUACGCGAGAAGAUCGCUCAACCAGCUGAGAAUCCUGAGCUUGUUGCCGAGAAUACACGCCUUGCGAAUGAGGUGGCUAAAUUGGAGGGUUUCGUGGAAAGGCUGAGAAAAGAAGUCACACAAAACAACAACACGAAAGAAUCCGAAGCAACGGAGAAAGGAAAGAGAUGCGGAGAUGUUGAGGGAAGAGAUCGAACAAGCACACCGGGAAGC